UAUUGCACUCGUUGCAGUAGGAGGGUCCAUGUGCACAGAAUGACGUCGCUCAGCAAGUCCGUCUGACUCCUUCGUUGUUUUUUAUCUCUCUUCUAUCGGAGGGCUAGAAAAUCGCAAAUCUGCGAAAUUAUGUUCGUAUUGUGUCAAUAUCUGACACUGCCGUCCUCUUCGACGCUGUCGUUCGGUCUGUCAAAACAGCGCCUUGCUGUCGUGGAUUACGAGUGAUACGCAGCUGACUUCUCUGCUUUGAGCUGUCAAACUGAAACUGAAGUGGAUUUAUUUGCAAGAGUAAAUACUAUAUGUUUGGAGGGAGGGUAUUUGGAAGAAGAUACAACUAUUGCCGUGUCUCUGUGUGCUUGCCCCUCUGGAUUAUUGCUGCCCAGCAACUCAGCCACCUGACAAGUCUGAAUGUCGUAAUUAAGGUGAAUCAAUGACCCAGGCAUGGAGACCAAAAGAUACCAAAGUUUCUUUGAAGGAGCUGACACAGAGAACAGAUGGUCCCAGGUCACCAGUGCUAUGGACUACUGCAGCAGCGCCGAAGAGUCCAGCCUAGCUAACAGCGACAUCCUGAUGGACAUCGUCAAUGUCGGCUGCCCAGCAGGCAACGCUGGGGUUGAUUGCAAGAAGAACAACGUCAAGAAGCCGGAGCAGCAGACUCUCCGACUUGGUCAGAAUCCGUCAAUCGUCCUCCCCCUCUUUAACAACUCCCUCCAUGGCCGCAAGCUGGAAAUGGACUCCAAGGAGCUUUCCAAGACUGUGGCGGAAUCUAUGGGCUUGUACAUGAACGCAGCCCGGGAGGCCGAUUUUGGCUUCAGCCAGCAUGGUGGGCAAUGCAGCCCGGGAAAGAUGUACCCGGUUUGCGGGCGCGCCCUUGAGGACAACCAGUGCAUGUCCUCAGGGCGUGUCAAGUUGAAGGCACCAGCGUUGGGCCUCCAGACGGUCCUGCAGCAGUCAAGUGUUAGCCAAGGGGAGCUCUCCUCGGGCCCUCCGAUCGUGUCAGCGUCAGCCCAAGUUUCCUCACUGUCCUGCAGCCCCCACACCUCCAGCUCCAUCUCCAGCCCUGGAGGCAGCAACAACAUGGUGUCGUCCACCACUAGCCCCACGACCUGCUUCGGCCCGGCCUGUUCGUCCAUCAGCAGCCCCAUCAGCCAGAAUCCUGCCGCCAUUGGACCGCCGCUUGCCCACGUCCAGCGCAGGAGUUCAGCAACCUGUAGCCCGGCAGAGUCCAGCACGGUGGGCUCUCCACCUCUCACCAGCCCCCUCAAUGUAAUGAGGUCGCCCAUCUCCAGCCCCCAGAGCAUGAGCAGUGUGCGCUCCCCGCCAUCAUGCAGUGCCACCUGCACCAUGUCUACCUGCAACAUGUCGUCCGUGUCCAGCCCCACUGGGAGCAGUGGUAAUAACAUCAACUGCAACAGCAAUGUAAGACCAUCCAUCUCUAGUCCCACUAUAGGGGGGGCUAUGGCCGUGUCAAGUCCGAGGAACUCUUCCUCUACUGGGUUUGGUGUUUCCAGUCCAGCCAGUGGACUGGGCUUGGUCCAGAAUGACUCCUGUAGCCCAGAGGCCUCCAGUGGAGACCAAGACUUUAAGUCCUUUGAGUUUCCCAAGGUGGAGAGCGUGGAUGGGGAGCUGUUUAACGUAGGCCUGGAUCAGAUGGGGAUGGUGAAGUACAUCAAGAAUGAGCCUGGGACAGACUACAGGAGCAUGUGUCUGGGCACCUCCAAAUGCCACGCUGGUGCCGGUUCGCCCUUCAUCACACAGAUCAAGAGUGAGCCAAACAAAGAUGGUGGCUGCAUGAAUCAGCAUCACUUUGGUGAGCAACCGUCCUCUAUGAGUCUCUUCCCUGCAUCAGAGACAACCUAUUUGUCACUGAGGGACAACAUUGAUGAGUACAGCCUUUCUGGGAUUUUGGGACCUCCUGUGUCCUCCAUGAAUGGCAACUAUGAGGCUGGGGUAUUUCCCAACAAUACCCUGUCCAAAGGGAUUAAACAGGAGACCAACGAUGGCAGCUAUUACCAAGAGAAUAAUAACGUGUCAACGUCGGCCAUUGUUGGCGUUAAUUCAGGUGGACACUCAUUUCAUUACCAGAUCGGAGCCCAAGGAACAAUGUCUUUCUCGCGGCACGAUGUGAGGGACCAGGCCAACCCUUUGUUAAAUCUCAUUUCACCGGUUGCGGCGUUAAUGGAGUCGUGGAAAUCUCGACCCGGCAUGGUGCAGGGUCCGCUGUCGUCCAGGGGGGAGCCCUACCCAAGCCAGAGCUGCCUGGCAGACAACAUGUCAAGCUCAUCGUUGAGGCAACCGUCAUCAACUGCCAAGGUGUGUCUGGUGUGCGGGGACGAAGCCUCGGGAUGUCACUACGGAGUGGUCACUUGCGGCAGCUGCAAAGUCUUCUUCAAGAGAGCAGUAGAAGGGCAACACAACUACUUGUGUGCCGGGAGGAACGACUGCAUCAUCGAUAAAAUCCGGAGGAAAAACUGCCCUGCGUGCCGUGUACGGAAGUGUCUCCAGGCUGGGAUGAACCUGGGAGCGCGCAAGUCCAAGAAGCUGGGCAAACUGAAGGGCGUGAGCGACGACCCCUCCCACCAGGGUGCCAAGGAUGGGCAGACCCCGGGCGGCGGCGGCAGCUUUUUGUCCUCAGAGAAAGAGCUGAACACCAGUGUGGCCGGCGCCCUGGUCCCCCACGGCCCCGGGGUGGUCACCCCCUUCCUGCCGCCGUCCAUCUGCAGCGUCCUGGAGCUGAUCGAACCUGAGGAAGUGUACUCUGGCUACGACAACACCCAGCCCGACACCACUGACCACCUCCUGUCCAGCCUCAACCAUUUGGCUGGCAAGCAGAUGAUACGCAUGGUCAAGUGGGCCAAAGUACUUCCAGGAUUCCGGGGCCUGCCCAUUGAGGACCAAAUCACCCUGAUCCAGUACUCAUGGAUGUGCCUCUCCUCCUUUUGCCUCAGCUGGAGGUCCUACAAACACACCAACGGCCAGAUGCUCUACUUUGCCCCUGACCUUGUCUUUAACGAGGACCGUAUGCAGCAGUCGGCCAUGUACGACCUGUGCCUGGGCAUGAGGCAAGUGAGCCAGGAGUUUGUGCGUCUGCAGCUCACCUAUGAUGAGUUUCUCUCCAUGAAAGUGCUGCUGCUGCUCAGCACAGUUCCCAAAGAGGGUCUGAAGAACCAGACGGUGUUUGAGGAAAUGAGGGUGAACUACAUUAAGGAGCUGCGGCGGUCAGUGGGCAAGGCCACCAACAACUCCGGCCAGACCUGGCAGCGUUUCUUCCAGCUCACCAAGCUACUGGAUGCCAUGCAUGAUCUGGUGGGGAACCUGUUGGACUUCUGUUUUUACACUUUCCGCGAGUCACAGGCCCUGAAGGUGGAGUUCCCCGAGAUGCUGGUGGAGAUCAUCAGCGACCAGAUACCAAAGGUGGAGUCGGGCCUCACGCACACCCUGUACUUCCACAAGAAGUGACUUGAGUUCACGGGUGCAGUGAAGAGAGACUGAAGUGAAACGCACGGCCGAGUGAAGGCAAUGGGAGAGGUGAGGACGGAAUUGAAGAAGGACAGCCCCACGAGGAAGGACCCUUACCAGUGGCCUACUGUACCGUCUGGCCGCCAGUCAGUUAGACGGCCCCAGGCCCUCACCCCCGCCCUGCACCCCUCAUCCUCCAAUAGGGAGUGACACAGAGCAAAGCGCAGGAAGGAGAGGGAGAAGGUUGCCCCCCCCCCCCCCCCCCACCCACACACACACACACAGAGACACACACAGAAACGCUACUGUCACCGAUUGAUGGCCAGAGAUGUGAGGAAAGCAUCUCAGAGCCAAGGACAAUACGUUAAGGAGACAAUGUGACAAAACAUCCCCUUGAACCCAGCCACCAGUGGGCACCCCCCCCCCCCAAAAGACGAUGACAAUUUUAUAUGGAUUCGAAGCCAUACAUUUCUUCGGUUGCGCUACACAAACACGUCCGCUGAUACCACACAGAGGCUCAAUCACACUCUCAGCAAACACACUUCUAAUGCGCACAAACACUGACACACAAGCCUCUCUUGCCCCUCCUAAAAAAAGUUAGGAUAAACUUGGCUUUUGCAUUUUUUUUUUAUAGAGCAAACAGCACUACCAUGACAAUAUGAAAAAAAGACAACAAUGCUUACAGUAGAUGUUGCUUUGCAGCCAUUUUAUUGAAGCAUUGCAAAAAAACACUAACAGGCAAACUAUUUUCUUGACAAAAACUAAAUCUAGAUUAUUUGUGAGGGGAAAGGAUUAUUUGAACAUACUCAAAGGGCUAUACAAGCUUAUUAAUAAGCUGAUAGUUGCAUUAAAAACAAACUUAAUUCCACUUUUAAUUAUGUGCACUACAACAUAUUAGCAACACUGCAACAUCGAUUAACUCGGUUUUCUAAGAAUUGUGUAUAACAAUCAAAACCUACUCUUUAUAUGCAAAACUUCAGAGCUGACAAGGAUUCUGUGAAGUGACGUAAAGGAAGUUUGAGUACUGAGAACGUGAAUCUGUCAUGUCUUUAAAUAGAGUUGCAAUUUAAGGCUUUCUGCUGUAGAAUUAUAAUCUACCAUUGCUGAAAGAUUAUUUCCAUCCCAAAAGAGUGUGGGAGUACGGAACACCACACGUUUACGAUUUCACUGCUCAGCCACAGUGUUUUCCUGUUGUAAUGCGUUUGACUGCUGACUACCAAGUCAUAAUUGCCAUGAAGUGUGUGUGAAAGACAUAACACCCAUUAUUUUGUCUAUUUAUACAAAAAGUAAACUGAAAACCAGCCCUUUGUGGAGAAGUCAACCAACUCUUACCUACUGUUCCCAGCUAUAAUAAUAAAGCAUUUUUGUAUUAUUGUGUUGCAAAAAGGUUUAAUUUUGAAAAAACCUGACAUUUUACAUCAAGGUGCUUGUUUUUUGUCCUUGUUUUUAUGCAUUCAAUGCUAAUUAUUUCUGGUAGCUACACAUGUACAAUUACAGUAGCAUUAGACAUCAUACUGACACCAAUAGCAAUCCUACAAACACAAACUGUAUGAGGUUGGUCAGGGCAGAGGAGUUUUAAAAAUGUCAUUACUCUAUGGUGCAGUGCUUUCAGCAAAUGUAUUAACUUAACUGGCAAACUUGUGUAUAAAGGGCACUUGCUUACGGUCACAUUUUACCCAACUGUUGUACAGAGAAAUGUUUGGAAUACAUGUUGAUAAAUACUGAUAAAGGACUAACGCAUUCGGCUUGGC